UGCGAUUACAAUGUGGUAGAGUCGUAUAUGAGAUGAAGUGAGGGCGGGUACAGACGAUCUCCGUUGCCUAGAUGAGAAAGUGAUGUUCGUUAUUUGCGCUGCAAGAUCUGCACACCACACUCCCUCCUGUGCCAUGUGAUUUUUAAAAAAAAUAAUUUUUCGGCAAAAAAAAAAAAACUGCUGGGAAGAACUUCAGGGCAAAGUGUUUAAGUAAAAAAAAUUACAUGAAGACACUCGGAAAAGCGGAGUCUCCCAGCAACCCCCUCUUUUCGCCACCAGGGUGCAGCAGUGUGCGAGUGUACCAUGACGACCAGAAGGUGGCUUUUAAGAUGCAUUCUGAAAAUGGCCACGCUGCAGGCAGUGGCUCUCACACCAUGAAGGAGCACAUCACAAACGGAGACAGUACAUCAUGCAACAGCACUGAGCAAAAGUUCAGUAUGAGGGAUACCAACGCUCAAAGGAUCUCCAUGUGGACUGUGAAUUCCAGCACACAGGCCUAUUCAGGUCCGGAAGACAAUUCCACAGACCCACCGGAGACCCUGACCGAGACCUCCACUCUGAACUUUGUUGACGGGCACACCUUGGAGGAACAAGGAGAGAAUCACAGCCUUUAUGGGGUGACUAUGGUUUAUCUGAAGGAGUUUGUACUGAUAGAUGACGAUGAUGAUGGCGACAUGUCCCUAAGAGAGAAAACGGUGAAUAACUUGACCGUCAUGGAUGGGAAAGCCGCGGACCUGGUGUGUGGAAGAUUGGUUAACACUUCCAACGUCCUCGGGUCCCACUGGAAGGGUGAAUCGUCGCCUUCUGAAGAUCCACUUCCUGAGCACAAGACUUCACGGCAAAAUCAACAUUGCUGCUACUGCGCCAUUCUAUGACUGACAGUCUCAGGAGGUGCACCGAAGUCAUCCCGAGUGCACAUAUUUAAAGCAAUCAGGACAAAUGACGUCAAAAGGGUCCAACUUUUGGUAUAAAUAAAAUUUGUAAUGUGAUCCUAAUAAAAAUGUCACUUUUGUUCUAAACACAAAUGAAUCUAUGCCCGGAUUUCUCUGGCGGAAUACAAAAAAAGUUUUAAAAGCUGGUUAGAAAAAAAUAGAAAAAAACAGUGGCAUUGUUGUCGAUUUUGCAGUGAAAAUUUCAAAUGCAGACAGACAGAGCUAAAUACAUUUUUAAAGCUUCCGUUUUUACAUCUUUGAUACUUAAAAUUUGCAUGUUCAUGUAAUAGCAGGUUGACGGUUUUUGAGGGACCUGUGGUGCAAAACAGGUUUAAUAAUAUUUGUAUGCAGAGAGUAUAAUCACUCAAAACAAAACACGUGAAGCAUUGAUGACAUCAUGUACACUAGGGGUGCCCAUUGCAUCGUUCGCAAUUGACUAGUAAUCAGCGAAGGCUAUGUCGUCGGUCAUCGCAUGGUAUGAACUCAUUCACUGCCACCAAUCCUAGAUUUAUGAUCUUGAUCCAGCUGACUGUCAAAGUCAGUGAAUUAUUGAAAAAAAAGUAGACUCCCAACAACCAUCCCUUGUGAAAAUUGUCACUUGAUUGACAUCACGUCAGUCAUACACCUGUUGCAUGUGUCACCGCGCACGCCCAUACAUUGGUGCUAACUGGCAAAGCUAGCAGUUUUCCAUUUUGUUCCGUCUA